AUGUCCUCUCUUCUACCAGCCCCAUCCCAUAUAGAAAAAGAGGUCUCCGAGAAGCUCGUCUCCGUUCUCCAGCAACACUUCCUACCCCCUAUCCAUGUUGCCAGGGUCUAUUCGCUAGCAGGCCAUCUACAUUCUCUCUACCUAGUCCGACUAUCGAAUGAGGCUCACCUGGUGUUAAAGUGCUCACCGAAACCAACAACAUCGCUUCCACGGCGCGAGCAUGUUUUGCUUGACACUGAAGCAAGACUUCUGUCUCUCCUGAAUAAAAAUUCCCUGCCAUACAUCCCACAACUACUUCAUUACGAUCCUCUAGGGGACUUGCUCGGACCAUCCUUCUUGAUUCGUCAUCAUAUCCCUGGCACAACCCUGGACAACAUAGAUUCUCAGCUUACAAGCCAGGAGCGGAAAGCUAUUGGUAAAAGCCUAGGGCUUCUGGCGAAACGAAUCUCGCAAAACAACUCGGAUUCAUUUGGGAGCUUAGGACAGGUGGCUAAAGCGGCAGGGAGAAAGUCCUGGAGGGAAGCCUUUCUCGUACUCUUCGAGGGUGUUCUUCACGACGCGGAAGAUGUCUUCAUUAAUCUUCCAUAUGGAGAAAUCAGACAUCAAGUUUGUCGGAUAUCGCCGGCGCUGGACGAGAUUUUGAUACCACGGCUGGUAGUAAUCGACUUUGGUCAGCCGUCACAGGUGCUAGUGGACCCGGAGAGCAAGCGACUAUGCGGGAUUUCGGGCUUUGGUACAGCUGUAUGGGGAGAUGCUUACAUGGCAAAAAUCUUUGAGAAUCCAUCACCUCAGGUGGUGGAUGGCUUUGGAUCUUGUUAUUCAAAAACCCAACCAGGGAGCGCUCGGCAGCUUCUGUACUCUUGCUAUCGCUGUGUACACCGCAUUGUCUUACAAUACUACCGAAAGAAUCGAGACACAGCUGCGGAGGCCGAAGCAAGGAGACAGUUGAUGACGACUUUGGCGAAAAUGGCGACGGUAUGA